AUGGCAUUUGCAUUCUCAGGUUUCGAAGGCUUCGAGAAGCGCUUGGAGCUUCACUUCUUCGGGGACGACCCAGCCAUGCUUCAACUGGGUCUCCGAAAACUCGACUUUCAUUGCAUACAGCAAACCCUACAAGCGGUUCAAUGCACUGUGGUUUCAGCCGUUGGAAACUCCUACUUUGAUGCUUAUGUGUUAUCGGAAUCGAGUCUCUUUGUGUACCCAACAAAGAUCAUCAUCAAAACGUGUGGGACCACGCAGCUUCUGAAAUCCAUGACACCCUUGAUCUUCUACGCCCACACCCACCUCGGUCUCACGCUAUCCUCGUGCCGCUACACUCGCGGAAGCUUCAUCUUCCCAUUGUCACAACCCUUCCCUCACACGAGCUUCAACGACGAAGUGACCUACAUAGAAACCACGCUCCCUCCCAACUUAUGCUUCCGAAAAGCCUCCAUCAUGCCCUCCAAAUCAUCCUCCCACGCCUGGCACGUGUUCACCGCCACGAGUGACUCCCAUGCUCUCUACCACCAGAACUACACCAUGGAAAUCUGCAUGACCGACCUCGACCCCGUCCUCGCCAGGAACUUUUUUCGCCGCCCCGGAGACGGCAAAAGCGGGGACUCCGCCGGGAGGGAAAUGACGGAGCUGACGGGGAUCGACGGAAUCAACCCGCACGCGCUGGUGUGCGACUUCGCCUUCGACCCGUGCGGGUACUCGAUGAACGGCAUGGACGGGGAGUGGUACUCGACGAUUCACGUGACGCCGGAGGAGGGUUACAGCUACGCGAGUUUCGAGUGCGUGGGGUCCUGGUCGGGUGACGUGGACGUAGUCCACGUGUUGAGGAAGGUUGUGCAGAUUUUCCGACCAGGGACGAUGUCGGUGUCGACAACGUCGUUGGGGAACGAGGUGUGGAGAAAGGUGGCGGGUGCGGUGGAGCCCAUGGGGAUGAAGUUGAGGAGUUGCGCCAUGGACCAGUUCCCGGAUUCUGGGAGUGUGGUGUUUCAAACGUUUUCACCGCUUCGUCGGAAAAGUGGACAUUAG